GCGGACGGCAGCGGGGCGGGCGGCAGCGGGACGAGGCGGCGCGGAGCCCCCGGGUUGGGGCGGCGGGUGGGCUCAGCCUCGGGCCGGCGGGAGCCGCCGGAGCAUGGCAGCGGCACUGAGCUGAGCAGGGCAAAGCCGACUGCGGGAGAGGACAGCCGGGAGCCGAGGGAACUGCGGGACACGAGAGAAGCUUCGCAGCACCGUUGCCUGUCCUGCAAAGCAACAUGAGUCUCAAAGGGUCCCUCAGCAGCAACCCUGGCUCCUCAAAUGGCAGCGUGGGCAGGGCAGACGGAGCCUCCAAGCUGAGCGCAAAGGACCUGUACGAACAAAGGAAAAAAUACUCCAACUCCAAUGUCAUCAUGCAUGAGACUUCCCAGUACCACGUCCAGCACUUGGCCACCUUCAUCAUGGACAAGAGCGAGUCCAUCGUGACGGUGGAUGACGCGAUCCGGAAGCUCAUCUUGCUCAACUCCAAAGAGAAGAUCUGGACACAGGAGAUGCUGCUGCAGGUCAAUGACAAGUCCAUUCGCCUGCUGGACUGCGAGUCACAGGAGGAGCUGGAGGACUUCCCCCUGCCGACAGUCCAGCACUGCCAAACGGUGCUGAAUCAGAUGCGCUACUCCUCCAUCCUCCUCCUGGUGUGUCAGGACUCGGAGCAGCACAAACCUGACAUCCACUUCUUCAACUGUGACGAGGUGGAGGCGGAGAUGGUUCACGAGGACAUAGAAAGUGCCCUGGCAGACCACAAGCACGGGAAGAAGAUACGGCCACAGACACUCAAAGCAAACCAAGAAAAGAUCAAGCAGAGACAAUCCAUCCUCCCACCACCACAGGGGCCGGCUCCCAUCCCCAUCCAGCACGACAUGCGAGGCUCAGGGAUGAACAAGAACCGGGUGGCACCUCCUUCCCAGCACAACCCAGACUAUGAGCGACGAGGCUCCAGCUGUCAGGACCAUGAAGAGUCCCGAGCCAUCUUAGCACAGAAGAUUGAAAAAGAAACGCAAAUCCUGAACUGCACACUGGAUGACAUCGAAGUGUUUGUCGCCAGGCUUCAGAAGGCUGCAGAGGCAUUCAGACAGCUCAACCAAAGGAAGAAAGGGAAGAAGAACAAGAAGAAAGCACCAGCAGAGGGCAUGCUGACUCUGCGAGCACGACCCCCGAGCGAGGCCGAGUUCAUCGACUGCUUCCAGAAAACCAAACUGGCUUUUAACCUCUUGGCCAAACUGAGAAAGCACAUCCAGAACCCCAGUGCUUCAGAGUUGGUGCAUUUCCUGUUUGGGCCACUGGAACUGGUCAUCAAUAGCUGUGGUGGCCCUGAGCUUGCCAGGUCUGUCGUCAGCCCACUUCUUUCUAAAGACACCACAGAUUUCCUCAGAGGCCACCUGACACCAAAAGAGAUCAACCUCUGGGACUCCCUGGGAGAGACGUGGACCAGAUCCAGAGCUGAAUGGCCCCGAGAAGCAAACAUCCCCACCUACAUCCCCAAGUUCCGCAACGGCUGGGAACCGCCCGUGGAAAUCUUCCGUGGGGCUCCCUGGGAAAUAGACAUCGGACACCUGCAAGAAGAGCUCUCAUCAGCCAAUGGCUACCCGUACCGAAACUCCUCGCUCAAGCACAGCCAGCCCUCUGAGCAGACACAAGCUGUGGACGCCUUCAAACACAACGUAACUCAGCAUGUAAAUAGGAACUUUGAGGCCCAGGGAAUGGCUCCACCCAAGAGGUUUGCCAAAAUCCGCUACGACUUCACCGCGCGCAAUGCCAACGAGCUCUCCGUGCUCAAGGACGAAAUCCUGGAGGUGCUGGAAGAUAACAAGCAGUGGUGGAAGCUGCGCAACCGGAGCGGGCAGGCUGGUUACGUCCCCUACAACAUCCUGGAUGUGGUGAAACUGGAAGAGCUCGAACAGUCUAACCAGAGGUACAAAGGAGACCUGAGCCCCAGGGGAUAUGGACCAUCCAGCCCGACUCACAAGCUACCUGCCAGCUACGCCGGGGACAAGUGGGGCAGUGAGAUGUUAUCGCGCAACUCUCCCCAGGACGCCAAAGAACAACUUAUUCAUCAAAUGGACGAGCUGAAUGAUGAGUUGCUAAAGAAGAUCACAAACAAUAAAAUUCAGCCUCCCCAGAGGAAUUUCAAAGUGGAAAAGCAUCAGCAAGUUUUUGUGCCCCUCACGUUCGAAUCCAACACCGAAGAAGUCAAAGCUUGGCUGGAAGCAAAGUCAUUCAGCAAAGAGACAGUGGAGCACCUUGGCAUCCUUACUGGAGCCCAGCUCUUCUCCCUCAACAGAGAGGAGCUGAAGAAAGUGUGUGGUGAUGAGGGAAACAGAGUGUACAGCAAAAUCACAGUGGAGAAAAACCUGUUGGAGAAAAGCCGAGGGGAGUCGGAGCUCCAGGAAAUCAUGAAGCGUCGCCAGGAAAGGAUUGAUUCAGCUAAUUAAAGUCUAUCUGCUUUCUUUCAGCUCUUAGUCAUAGUAGUGCAGAAAAAAAGGGAAUGAAAGCAAUGAUCCUCAGGCCAGGCAAGAGGCAGCAGAGCUCCACACUUAGCGGUGUAAUUGCCAUCCAAGUGACAAUUGCUUGAACGCUGUUGACGAGGGUGGACAAGGAGCCCGGGUCCCGUUGGGAAAAGGGGUUUUACUAUUGCAUGAAGUAUUUGUCCUUUUUUUAUAAGCCUGUAUUUUAUAUUGAAUGUUUUGUGCAUGCAAUCAGAGAUCAGAACUCACACGUGGCUGAACGUAUGACCAUGGCUGGACUCAAGCGAAAAAGCCCCCCCAGAGCUUUCCUCACCGGGCUGUAGCUGCUCCCACCCUUGUCGCCAGCACAGCUCGGGAGGAUGGAGCGCAGCACCCAGCACAGGAUGAGCCAGCCUGCAUGUUUAGAGUCUGGGCCACAGAAAUAAGCUUUUCCCCACUUUUUCCUUUCCUUCUCCAUGACAGGUAUCCCCUGCAGCCCACUAGCAAGGGCCCUGUGACAAUUCACUGUCCUCUUCCUGUUCCCCCAUGCCCCUUCACUGGACAAGGCUAGAACUGCAACACACAAAAGCCUGGCUGCUUCCUUCAAUACCUGUACCAGUUGCCUGGGAGCUCUGGAAAUGAGCUUUCACGGCCUAAUAAGGAGCAGGGCACACCUGAGUGACAACUGAAGCGAUGUGAAUGUGUAAAUAGGUGAGCUCGGCCUGAUCAUCCCUGCUUACACAGAGGCUGGGGCCCUGAGCAGCCGCACAGCCCUGUGCUGUAGCAGAAAAGUAGCAGCAUUGCCAGAGCCUGGCCUCAAACAAGGCAACAAUAAACCCUUAAGGGUUUGCUCCCAACUCAGUCACACCCAAAGCCCUUCCCAGGGUGUUCCCCACUCAUCCUCACCUUCACCUUUUCCUUGCAAAGAGUAAUCUGAAAUGCUUGCUAAAAAUCUUAAGGAACAGAAGCACACUUGGAAAGGCUGUUUGAAUACAAAAUAAAUGGCCACAAGACAAUCUGAUUUAGUAAAGGCUGCUGUUCUUCACUUCCUGUUUCUCUCAAUAACAUUACACUCGUAUGUACCCACAGUGAAAUGCCCCUCACUCUUACCAUCCCCACAGGAGGCAUGAGGGAAAAAAAAUGCCAGAGACACAGUUCAGUGAUUAUGCAUCAUUUUACUCCAAGAUUUCAAAGCUCCAGCAAGCAUCUGGUAGAUUUCCCAUCCAGGUCAGGUUUGGCACAGGCUGGAUUUGUAGCUGUGUUUUACUUACAGACCAACUUGCUGGGAAUGCAGUGAAGCAAACACAUCUACAGGAGCUGCUCACAGACCAGGAGGACUUUUGCCUUUCUCACACACACACACACCCGAGCUUUGGCUGAAUGGGAACUCAGGCCCAGACUCCACAGAGGCUUAUGGACACCUCCUUUAAAGGAGAAGCACGUGCCUGAGUCUUUGCACAUUUGGGACUGGCCUUGCAGGUGUAAUAGAACAACAAAAGCUGUCCAGCUGUAAAGCAGUGGCUGGGGAACACGUGUUUAAAGAUACUGAUGCACCUCUCAAUUUUGGCUUUGUUCUUCCAAAGAUGUUUCUCGUGGGUGAUGCAUUUUCUUAAAUCUUGGAACAGGACACUGUAAGCACCAGCAGAACUAGGGUGCAGGCAGGGAACUUACAGUGGAGGAUCUUGGUUUUUAGACACAACCCUGCUGGCUUGUCACGGCGGCUGGGAUCUGCAAAGGGCACUCACCUUGUCAGGGAAAGAUGAAGAAGACAAUCCUCCUGAGAAGCCCUGGCUCUGGAUUAGGGUGAAAAGCAGGUGUGAACGCUGGCAAAUCGCUGCUCUUAGAGGCUCAGGUAGGCUAAAUCAUUUCUGAAAUGAGAAAGAAACACCACUGAAUGGUGAGCGAGGCCACACACCACCACUCCUGUCUUUGGGUACGAAGGAAAUCACCCAGAGCUGUAGCGAGGUGGGAUUAGGACAGGAGCAUCCAGGACAGUCUGGUGAAGCCAGGAAGCAUUUUGUGAAAUAAACAGAUCAGUAGCUCUUAUUGCAGAAGUCACUUUUAAAACUUUCCCUAUGACUGAGCUGUGCAUCUGUUGUAUUUGUACUGCCUGCAGAUAAUGCUAUAACCUACUGUACAGUAACGUAAGCGAACGAAGGAGAAAAUGAUGUAACCAUGCACUGUAUAAGAUUUA